AUGAACUCGCCAGGCGUCCCAGUUUACAAGGAUCGCCAUCUAUGGCAUUGGCAAAGCUGCGAGUCAGCGAUGAAGAUCACGAUGAUCCUUCCUCUCACAGUCGCUCUAUGUCAAGAACAUCUUACAGACCAGGCAAAUAUCCUAUUUUUUUUUCUUAUUUUGGCCGAUACUUAUGUAUGGGUAGGAUACUCAGAACCAAACAUUAAUUCUCACAGAGCUACAUCUGAUAGAGAAUCCCAUCAUCUUCCAAGAUUCGACGCACAAUAUCCUACGUCGCAUAACCGGACAGAGUCGCCUUUUCUUCGAGAAGCACCCUCGACGGGAUCUUCUUCGAGAUCAACCCAUGGCGAUUUGCCUGACACCUAUGAUGCCCACAACCAUUAUUUACAACCUCGGCAUAGACAUACUGUACUGCAGCCAUAUGAUUACCGAGAUUCUGUAGCUCUCCAUCAUCCGUACAGCUCUACUGCUCUGCCUCGUCAUAGGUCCGAAACUUCUAAUUCUGAACCACCCGCAACAUGGAACAUUUCAACGACUAUUCCGAGAGGCAAUAUUGUCGAAGACGAUGAACGUACUCCUGUGGCUCGCUUUGGUUCUGAUAUCGUGCACAACGGGCCUAAUUCUUCGGAGGAAAAUGGUGGCUCUGCCAAAUAUGAAUGUUCAUAUUGUGGCAAAGGUUUCAACAGACCUAGCAGUUUGAAGAUACACCUUAACAGCCACACUGGAGAGAAACCCUUUGUUUGUCCAGUGGAAAGCUGUGGGCGCAGCUUCAGCGUUCUAAGUAAUAUGCGGCGUCAUACCCGCGUUCACGCGACGGUCCCGUAUUCGGAAUCUCAUAUUGUUGACGACGUGUCUUCAUCAUCAGCCAUCCCGGAGUCUUUAUCCCGAAAAUGGCAUCGCCGUCGAGAUAGCAGUGUCUCUACAUCGAGCAGUGGUAGAAGUAACAGCAUUUCUUCGACCGAAGAAGAUUAA